AUGGGUUGUGGUAGUAGCGCCGGAGCAGUGAUUGAACAAAAUAGAGCACCAGGUUUCAAAGGACCAGUUUUUCUGACUAUAAAGCAUGCAUUAUUAGAGAGAGAUGUAAGAUUCAUAGGAGUUAUGGAUCCUUACGUCAAAUUAAUAAUGGGAAGACAAGAGUUUAAGACUCCUGUUGCAAAGGAAGGGGGAAAACACCCAAAAUGGGAAGGGUGUACACACACAUUUUAAAAAUUGUUAGGAGAACAAGAUGUAAUCAUAGGGCAAGUUUGGUGUGAAAAUACUAUAACCUCUGACAUUCUUAUUGGGGAAGGGGCAUUUUCUUUGACUUCUAUAAGAUAAGGAAAUAAUGAACCAAAAAGAAUUUCAUUUCUACUUUUUCAUAAUGGUGAAAAAGCAGGUGAGAUCAGUUUGGAAGCUACAUUUACUUUAGAUCCAACUGGAAAAGAUUUACCAGAAAUCAAGGCUCCAGAUACAGAAGGAAAGUUCAUUGUCAAACCAAAAUUUGGUCGAUUAAAGAAGAAUACCAACCUAUUAUUAAAAAUGGAUCCCUUCUUAACUAUUCAUUUUGGUAAUGAAACUAUGAACACUUCUGUUGAUGCUGCUGGACACACUACACCGAAAUGGAAUGACGAAAUCAUAUUUACAAGAGAAACAGAUGAGGAUACUUUAUACAUAGAAGUUUGGGCUGAGUCCUUGAUUGGAUGGAAUGAUUUCUUAGGAUGCGGUUAUGCCUCAAUUACUGAUUCAUUAUCACUAAAAGAGAAUUAAUUGUAAACAGUUACAAUAUUUUAUGACGGUUCAAAUGUAGGUGAAGUAGAGGUACAAUGCACUUUCAAGACAUCGAAACCUUAAGAUUAUUUGUAAAAGGAGUAAAAAUCAACAGAAGCUCCUACAAAGGAAUCCUUUUAAUAAUAACUUUAAUAAUAUUAAUAGCCAUAAUAAUAAUAAUAAUAAUAACAAUAAUAAUAAUAAUAAGUUCUUCCUUAAUAAUUGAAUUAAUUCGUUCAAAAUUAUGAAGUUAGAUAUCAAAAUAGCUAUGCUCAAUAGCCUAUGAAUGGUAGAGUGGAUUUCACUUACCCAAAUGGUGAUCAAUAUUCAGGAGAUAUGAUGAAUAAUUUUAAACAUGGUUAAGGUAGACUCUAAUUUAGUUAUGGCGGGUACUAUGAAGGUUAUUGGGCUAAUGAUUAAUAUAAUGGGAUGGGAGUGUUAGUAAUUGGGGAUUCUAGAUAUGAAGGCCAAUUUAUAAAUGGGAAAAAAAAUGGAUAAGGUAAACAGGUUUGGAACAACAGAUAGCAAUAUGAUGGAUAAUGGGUUGAUAACAAUAUGCAUGGAAAUGGUGAAUGGACUUUUGUAAAUGGAGGGAAAAAAAAGGGAGUUUGGGCUCAUGGAAACAGGUUAAGAUGGUUGGAUGAUGACUAAAAUAUCAUUUCAUCGAAUAAAACCAUGGUCUCAGGGUUUAUGUUAACAAGUCCAAAUUAAUAGUUUACUUUAUCUUUCUUUCAUGAUGGCAGAUUAUUCAUAUUCCAUAAUUAGACAAGAUAACCAAUUUUUUCGGCUAUAAAUUUCAACCGACAACCUAUCCCCCCGGUAUGGUUGAAGUUUGAUCAAUCAGGAGGAGAAUUAUAAAUGAUAGAUGCAAAAGGCAUGCCAUAUUGGGUUACUGGGUAAAACUUUGGAAACUAUGCUCCUCCUUUUGUUUUGAUUUUGUAGGAUGAUGGAAGACUAGUUAUAUAAGAUGCUAAUGGAUAGCCAAAAUGGUAUUCGCAUUGAUAUAACCCACAUAAAGCAAAUUAUUAUAAAUUAUAUUUUUCAAAGCUAACUUUUAAA